UCAUUCGAACGAGCGCAGUGGCGAGUUCGACACGUUCGGCGCGUUUGCGUCGGAAAAUGAGUAGAGUUUUGUAAGUUCAAGUGCAUCACAUCGCAAUGACGCCCGUGAACGGUCCUAUUCUUCUCUCCUUGGCAUUCACCGUCGUCUUCCUCGCCGGCCUUGUUUCUUUCCUCACCGACUACGAAACGGGGAAAUGUGAGAUGACGUACAUGUUUGAAUAUCCGCAGUUUGUGCGCGUUUCGCAUGAUGUGGACCUGAAGUAUAAAAAGUACGGCCUGUACGCUUAUAGCGAGGGCCAGCUGACUGAAAAGGCUAGGAGUAUGGUAUUUGAUGGCAUUCCAGUACUUUUUAUCCCUGGAAGCGGCGGCUCUUACCGGCAAUGUCGCUCGUUUGCAUCAAUUGCUCUGCGAAAGGCGCAAAACUCUCGUACGCGCUUUCACUUCGACUACUUUUCGGUUGACCUGAACAACGAACUAAGCGGAUUGAAUGGAGCUCUUCUACAGGAUCAAUUCGACUAUGUCAUUGCAUCAAUCCAGCGGGUGCUGGAGCUCUACUCUGAGAACCGGGCUCCUCCCAAAAGUGUUAUACUCAUUGGUCAUUCAAUGGGUGGAGUAUUGGCAAAGGCAGUCAUUUCUCAACUUCCAUCCAAUUCCAACCUCGUCCCUAUCGUAAUCGCACUCUCAGCGCCUUUAACCCGUCCAGUUCUUUCACUCGAUUAUUUCUUCGAGCGCUUCUAUUCGAGAAUGAACGACCAUUUCCAACCGCCUGAUUCCACCGCGUUUAUUACCGUUGCCGGGGGCUUCAACGACUUCUUAGUUCCACCAUACCUUACUGAAGGUGGUCACAUCCACGUGGCAGCAACACAGGUUCCCAAAAGUUGGGUCUCCACCGACCACCUUUCAGUUGUGUGGUGUAAGCAGCUGAUUUUGGCUAACAAUCGUGCGUUGUUUGAGUCUGUGGAUCCACGAACCAUGCAACUAUAUACAGAUCGUGAUACUGUCCUCGCCGUGUUCCGUCAUCAUCUUGUACGCCACAGUGGUACAAACAUUCACGAGUUGGAUCGUUACGGGAAGGAAGUUCAGCUGGCACACGGUGGUGACUGGAACGAAGGUGUGUACCGGCAAUUUUCGGUGCGUUUACCGAAAGGCACUCGCGAGACGCGCUGGUAUAUUAUCCCCUUGGUCAUGAAGCCCCAACACGAACAUCUUACUUUGGUCGGGGUGAACAUGAAAGCUGUCGAUUGGGUUUAUGUGUGCGCGGCGAGUAGUGUCCGAAAUGAUCAGAGAUUUUGCGAAAACGGACAUCAUCUUACCCACCUGUCCGAGAUAUCUCCAUCAGUGCGUUAUAAGCGCCGCACGCUGCGUAUAAACAUGCACGAUUUGAAGAUGAACCACACCACAGCAACACACGUUGCUGUACGUGUUAUGCCCACCUCGGACUAUGCUGCAUUGCACAUUGACAUCAAUGAUCCCGACACCCGACACUUGAUUUUCAACUAUGGCCCUUCAUUCUUCUCUUUCGGACCUAAGGAAGUUUUGCCUUUAACCGUGGAAAAAGCUGUGCACUAUGACAUCAUGUUACCGCAGCUAACGCAGUUGAUACAAUCGUAUACCUUGUAUUUGGAGGCAACUUGUACAGGACAAGGACAUCAUGCUACUGUGUCUUUGGAAGUUCCAUGGAAUCAUCACGAUCUUCACCAAUUUUACACUGAUGCGCUGAAGAAACCAAUGACUUUCAAGCUGUACAAACCUCGUCCACCAGAUGAAGUUGAGUAUGCUUCCCUGCGGCUGACGUUGGAUCCCACCUGCCGUUAUAAAAUCUCCAUGACAAAUAAUUAUGACUACGGCAUGAUGGCACGUUUUUACAUGCCAAUGUUGAUUGCGAACGUAGCCGCUGUGAUUCUGUUGACGUUGCGUGGCCAAUUGAGCAAUAUCGAGACGAAAGAACGCUGCUCGUUCAUUUUCACCGCGCUGAAAGAGGGCGUCAAGCCGUAUUAUGUGGUGACGAGUGUGAAGAUCCUCUCGCGUCUGCUCGCAUUCGAUGCUCCAAUCAUUGGACCCUCCGACAGUCAUAUCCUUGUCGAUGAGAACAUCGAUAUUCUCCUGCUUCCACUAGUAAUGUACUCGGUCAGUGUUGGCAUUGUUUGGUUGCUCGCACUUGGGCUGUCCAUCUCUUUGAUCUGCUUCGAGUCGACGUUUCACAAACUUGGUGUAAAAUUCUUCACCAAGACGUUUGCAGGUCGUAUUGGUUGGACGGAUCAUUUGCUCAAAGCUUUUGAUAAGAUUCCUGGCGUUGUCGCUUGCGUGCUGAUUGCGAUGAGCUAUUCGACUUGUGGGGGAUUGGCUAUUUGUUUGGCAACGAUUUUCUAUUUUCUGAAGUUGACGCAAAUGGCUCAAGAUUUGAUUGAGGAUCUUGUUAAGGGCGUGGCUAAAUCAAUUGCGUACAAGCUAAGGGAUAGGAUUUGGCGAAAAGUUAAAGAACGCUGGUUUAAAAAGAAGCAGCCAGCAAAUCAAGGAGCUUUGAGUAUUGAAACUGACGAAAAAUUAGCUCUGCCUUCUUCUGAAGAUCAGGUAGAACCGGGAACAUCGGGAGCGAAUGCUGGUUCGUCUGGUGAUCAACCAGAAGUUCUCCUAGAAGAAACAGAGGAUGACGACGACGGUUUCGAGAAACCAAUGGAGUUUGAAGUUCUGACGCCAGGAGAACCAGAAAAAGUGACCAAGAUGGACGGUAAUAAAUUAGUCGAGCUGCUCAACAAUCAAAUGUCUGAGAACGCCAAUCAGGAUGGCAGCACCACCGACAGGGAUAGCUCUGUUGACGAGCAGUCGUUUGCCGACAAAUUGAGUUUUGGGAUUGGAUGGAUUAAAGAAGCCAUGGAGAACAAUGAAAUCUUCUUUCAUUUCACCAUGUUUCUGCUUUACCUUUCAGUUGCAGUAUUGAACAUCCCAUCGGUAUUAACCUGGGCUAGAAACUACAAGUAUAAUAAAUCAUUGAUACCAGAUCCAGUAUUCCUGCCGGCAUUGAUCUUAAGUGCUUGUGCAGCACCGCUAUGGCAACUAGAGUUUCCACGAGUUGAGAGGAAAUACUUCCGGCUGAUCUCUUAUGUCGUGUAUUUGGCAGCGGUUCUUGUAUUGGUGUACGGCGUGGUCUCGAUUUACAGAAUUUCGUUCAUUAUGUCCAUUGUGGUCGCCGUGGUGACCCUACAUCAAUUGUUGGCUCCCAACAAGCCUAAGGUUGAAACCGCAGUGGAUGACGUACCCGCGCAACCUGAAGAGCCGGUUGAAGCCGAAACCGAUUCGUACAGCGAGCGAGUCAAGGCAAAGUGGGAAUAAAUACAAUUUUUUUUUGUUUACCAAUAGUCAUGUAUCUAAAUGGCUAUGAUUAGUUUAAUUUCGGUUUUUUACUCUGUGAUAUCACGCUGAAAAUAAAAUUUGUUGUGUAACUUUUUCUUUGAUUUAAUUAGGCUGUAGUUGUAGCUUUCGAAGCAGUUUAUUGUUAACAGUGGGAAAUAUAACCACUAGGUUUUACUUUAAGAUCUAAUUUCAAGAAGCAAAGAGCUUAUUCAAAUAAUCUCGACAAAUAUUUUCAGAGAAACUAACAAAAAUGUCAAUUUUGUGAUUCGAAACACUAAUUUUUUAUUGUUUUAGGGAUUUUCCACCUGAAUCCGAUACCGUAGACGAACCAUUCUUGCAUUAGAUUGGAUUUUCCACCUGAGUCCGAUAUCGUAGAAGAACCAUUCUUUCAGCAGAUAGGAUUUUCCACCUGAGUCCGUUAUCGUAGAAGAACCAUUCUUUCAGCAGAUGGGAUUUUCCACCUGAGUCCGAUAUCGUAGAAGAACCAUUCUUUCAGCAGAUAGGAUUUUCCACAUGAGUCCGAUAUCGUAGAAGAACCAUUCUUACAGCAAAUUGGAUUUUGCACCUGAGUCUUAUAUCGUAGGAGGACCAUUCUUGCAUCAGAUUGACUAAUUUUUGCUUGUUUUAGGGACUUUGCACCAGAAUCUGACAUCAUAGAAGGACCAUUCUUGCAUCAGAUUGUUAGUAUUAAAUUUCCUUAUCAUUAUUUUGAAUAACUUUUGUUAUUAUUACACAAAUUGACUCCCAAAAUGUAUGCUUGUGUGUUUUCUUUAAUAAAGAAUAUUUUUAAGUUUU